AUGUGCGUCUCUGCCACGAGCGUCAACGACGAGCCUGCUUACUACACCAACUUUGGCAACUCUGCAAUCGAAGUUGCUGCGCCCGGUGGAGGUUUGGGACUUGACGAACGAGUGUGGGCCCUUUGUUCCCAGACAAGCUUGGUUAUCAGCGGGUGUCGUUCCGGAUGGUUUAUGCUCGGUCUCUUGGGAACUAGCAUGGCCUCCCCUCAUGUUGCAGCCAUGGCGGCUCUGAUUGUUGAAGAUGUUGGACAAAAUCCAAGACGAGUCAAAGCCAUCAUUCAGAACUCUGCGGACGACCUAGGAGACAACGGAAACGAUCCCUACUUUGGAAAAGGGCGCAUGAAUGUGGCCGCUGCCUUGGGGCUCGAAUAG